UUUGCUUCCCUUUCCAUCUAAGCCCCCUCUCUCUCUAUCUCUCUCCUCCAUUUUCUAUUCCCACAAACUCAUUUGCCCAAACUUCUCAUCUCUCUCUCUCUCCUCUUUUUCAGACCAUGUUGUUGUUGUUAUAGUAGUUAGUGCCACUAAUCAAAUCCCAGUUUCCAAGAUCUCAAAAAUUCAAAACAAAAAAAAAAACAAAAAAACUCAGAUAGUUUUUCAGAUUUGUGGGUAGUGAUCAUUGAGUCAGAGAAAGAGAGAGAGAGAGAGAGAGAAAAAUGGCAGCUUCUUUUGACAACUCCCCAAACCCAACUUGGUCGUCAUCAGUUUCACCGUACGACAACAAUUUCAAGGACUGCUCUCAAGGGCUCUGCAGCCUCUACUGCCCACAAUGGUGCUACAUGAUCUUCCCUCCUCCGCCGCCUUUUUUCGCCGCUGACGCCGACUCCGACGACCAAGACUCCGGCGCCGAUUUCUCCCCCCUCAUCAUCGCCGUCAUCGGAAUCCUCGCCAGCGCUUUCAUCUUGCUUAGCUACUACACCAUCAUAUCCAAGUACUGCCGCCGGAGAUCGGCAAACGACAACGGUAGAGGAUCCGCGACGGCGGAAGGAAACGACAGCAAUGCCAACCAAACGACGGCCUCCGAUCAGUCGUCUCAGGCCCACUCGGAGGGACUGGAGGAGAAUCUGAUCAAGUCGAUUAGGGUGUAUAAGUACAAGAGGAGUGAGGGGUUUGUAGAAGGUACGGACUGCUCGGUUUGUUUGAGUGAGUUUGAGGAGAAUGAGAGGCUGAGAUUGCUGCCCAAAUGCAAUCAUGCCUUUCAUGUUCGUUGCAUUGAUACUUGGCUCAAAUCCCACUCUAGCUGCCCGCUUUGCCGCUCGAUUAUCGCGCCUUUCAUCUCCGACGGAAUGCGGCAAAGUGAGGUGGUGAGUGGUGGUGGUGGUGGAGUGUCGGCAAUGGAGUAUCAAAGCAGAAGAAACGAAAGUGUCGUUGUUGUUGUUGACGAUAAUAUGGAAGUGAGUGUUAGAGAAGAAGGGCUUUACGGCGACGGUGGUGGCGACGGCGAUGUGCCAAAAACCCCGACCGGCGGGGUCGAAGGUCAUGACGAGAUUGAUCGGAUCGAUGUGGAGCCAAUCGGGAGAUCAGUUUCGUUAAAUUGUCAUACUUUUUGCUCGCAAGAUCGUCUCUCGGUCGCGGAUAUAUUGCGAGCUUGCGAUGAUGAUGAGGAGGAGGAGGAUUUGGUGGUUCAGAUGGAGAAUGGAUUCCAAUUAUGUAUGGGAAUUGGGACAUCUUCAAAAGGAGGAGUUGAUGAUCUGAUCAAUCAGCAGCAGCAGCAGCAUUGCAAAUGGGACAGAAGUGGGGCCCUUGGUUUGCUAAGGAGUCCUCUUGCUAUGAAGAGAUCAAUUUCAACUGGGAGAUUUGUGUUCGCAACAAGGCAUGGGAAGGGAAAGAAUUCUGUUAUUCCCAAUUGAAUGAUCUUGAUUAAAAUUCUUGUUCUUCUUUAAAUGUAUAAACCCCCAGAA